AUGAAACGGAUGCGAUGCGUGCAUCGGCAUCGCAUUGCAUCGCAUCGGAGCGAUGCCGAUAUUAUCGGCACGCAUCGCCUGAACCUCCCUCCGGAGCCCCUUGACAUGAGGAGGGACUCAGGAGGGUUUGUCGUGUCACUUUGUCCUGAGUUCACUCAAGGCCGACUCCGACUCCCGAGUCACUCCGACUCCAGUCCGAGUCCAACUUGCAAGCAACGAAUACGAAGAAACGGAUCCGACUCGGAGUCGACUCGGACUCAAAUACAAUUCGUGAACUCGAUUCACCUCGCUUGGAAUCAAAUCGAUUCGGAUGAACUCCCCUCGACGGUCGUUCACUGCCAUCAGGACUCAACCUCGCUUCACCGCUAUCGCUUCACCGCUAUCAAGCAAAGUCCAUUUUUGAAUACAGAACGUUGGCGUGCUGUCACCACUGGUGAUCUAAUUGGACGGCUCGUGAUUUUCUUGAGCGGCUCGUGA